AUGAUUUAUUUUGAUAUCAAAAUAAUUGGUUUUUUUUUUUUGAAUAAAAAAAAAAAAAAAAAGAAAAAAAAAACAUUGGCUGUUGUUAUUGUUGUUGUAGUUGUAGUUGUAGCUGUUGUUAUUGCAGCUGUUGUUUUUUGGUAG